UGCCUGACACGGGCGUGGUCACCGGGCGCCGCCCGCGAGGCAGCGCGAGUCAGGCCUGGGGCAGUGCAGUGCCGCGCGGGGCGGAAGGAUGCUGGCCCUCAGAUUAUGCAUAGUAAAGAAGACCACUUCUGUUCUGGUGCGGGCAUUGACUUCCCAGAGCAACGGUUCCCAGUCUCUUCCAGAUAUGUCUGAAGGGCACUUACCUAUUCAUGUGAAUAAUGUGCGAAGCAGAUUGAGGGCUAUAGUGGGAGCUUCUACCAACUGGAGAGACCAUGUGCAAGCCAUGCAAGAAAGGAAAGCUCUGCAUACCUUACUGGCCCAAAAGCAGGAAGACCUGCCUCCCAAGAAAAUGAAAGACAGCUACUUAGAGGUCAUUUUGCCUCUGGGGAGCCAACCUGAAAUAAGAGAGAAAUAUCUGAAUGUACACAACAGUGUAAGGUUUGGAAGGAUUCUUGAAGAUCUCGACAGCUUAGGAGUUCUCAUUUGUUACACUCACACCAAGCCUGAAUCUCACCAGAGAUCUCCUUUAUCAAUAGUUACAGCCCUGGUGGAUAAAAUUAAUUUGUGCAAGAAGGUCAUAUACCCAGACUGUGAUAUCAAAUUCACUGGCAAUGUUUCUUGGGUUGGGAAGACAUCAAUGGAAGUAAAGAUGCACAUGCUUCAGGAAUAUGAUGGUGUUUACAGCCCUGUAUUAGAUGCAACCUUUGUCAUGGUGGCUCGUGAUCCAGAAAACAAAAGGCCAGCAUUUGUUAAUCCGUUAAUUCCUGACGGCCCAAAGGAGGAAGAAGUGUUCAAGCAAGGAGCAUUGAACAAGAUAUAGAGGACAGAUUUCAGCACUACAUCCUUACUGAAAAUGGCUCCUACUGCAGAAGAAAGAAACAUUGUCCACAACAUGUUCCUUAAUACAUUGGAUACGAGGACAGUAAGUUUUCGGAGCCGUGUGCUACCACCUAAUUCAGUGUGGAUGGAGGAUGCGAAACUAAAGGGCCUGCAAAUCUGUCAUCCCCAGGAGCGGAACGUUUUCAAUAGGAUCUUUGGUGGUUUUCUGAUGAGAAAAGCAUUUGAGCUGGGAUGGGCUACUGCCUGCAGUUAUGGAGGUUCGAGACCUUUCAUUGUGUCUGUAGAUGACAUCAUGUUUCAGAGACCAGUAGAGAUUGGAUCCUUAUUAUUACUUUCUGCCCAGGUUUGUUAUACAGAAAAAAACUAUAUCCAGAUAAGAGUACACAGUGAGGUUUAUGACACAGACACCAAGGAACACAAGACAACCAACAUCUUCCAUUUCACAUUUAUGUCAGAAAAUGAGGUUCCUCAGAUUGUGCCAAAAACAUAUGGUGAGUCCAUGUUGUAUUUGGAUGGGAAGCGACAUUUCGAUGCAACCAUGAAGGGAACCAGAGAAGCAAUGAAUGCCCCUGCAGCAGCCUAGCAAAAGGCUACCUUUUGGAGGAGCCAUCACCAAAGACUUCAUGCUUCAUGCAUGCAACAUGUUGGUGUUGGCAUUCCUGCCCUUUGAAGCAGUUUGAUUAUGAAUGUAAUAAUCUGGAAUUCAUCAGGCAUAUACAAAAUGAAAAUCAUUUACUGCUAUUUAUACCUCUAGCUGGAGAGGCAUUUUGAUAGCGUAGUGCUUCUUUCUGCCCCCUGACCCCUUCUGCAGUCCCAUCCCAUUAAAACUUCCAUAGCUAAGAUGCACAGCUUUUAAAGCCAGUUUUCAUAUUGCUAUAGAAGGGUGAAAACAUAGUUUAGAACAGUGGUUCUCAAUCUUUUUUGGACUCAUAGUCCCCUCCAUAAAUCCUAUAAAUUAUGGCACCCAGUUUCAAAAACUAAUUUAUAUAUUACAAUGCUUACUCUGUGCAGAGAAGCCUGGUAGUGCAGGUAGGGGUUUGUAUAAGCAGGGACAAGCCUGAGCCUGUACUUGUCUGCUUCGUUUAUCUGCUUAUCUGCUCAUACCUGCAACACCCUUAAAAGGAUCUUAGUCACCCCAGGAUGCUUGUCAACUGUUUGAGAAUUAUUGGUCAAAACUUUAAAAGGAUACUGUCAAAAUGCCACCAUUUUUAUCUUUUGCUUCGCUAUCACCUUUGAUUCUUCCUACUUGUUUCCCUGAUACAGGAAAGCUCUCCAAAAUGAGGGCUGCAAGUGUAAUCCUGUUGUUUUAUUUGUAUACCUGUACCUGACUCAAGUUCUUGUCCAAGUCGCAUUCAGCCUCCUUGUAGGUUCUCAAGGACACUUCUCAACAACAGGACGGUGGCACGAUGGGUACAUUUUGUUGCAUGUGCAUCUUUCAUCAGACAGAAUUUUGUAAGGUAAUUGCAGAGCCCUGCUGUAGGAGUCUGAUGUUGUGUGUUUCCUAUUCCUUUUCGAGGACGACUUCCGACUCUCUUUCACCCCCCACAAAAUGAUUUUGCCAGAUGUGAAGUUUGUACCCCUGUACACAGGAUCCCACUCUUCUUUUUGUGCACAUGCACUCUUUUAUUUAGCUUUGUAAUGCUAAAUAAUGGCAUGAGGCAAAGGCAUGAUGGCACAUGAGGCAGAUUCCUAAGUAAAUAUCAAGGGAGUGGGCAAGGCGCUUUAAAGCAGAAUGUGUACUGCAACAGAUAAAGCCUGUGUGAAGGCCUCUUAGAACAGCAUUGAUCUCUCUCUGUAGGGCCUAACGAAUCUGUUGAACAGCUCUUGGAUCAGUUAGUGGGGUUGGGGAAAUAGCAGUAUUCUCAGGCCCAGACAGGUUCCAACACACAUGAAGUCUAUUGACCUCUGUUGCUAGAAGACGGAAUCCUCGGCUAUAGAAUAGAUCUGUGCUUGGUCAUAAUGACAUAAUAACAUUGUAUAGCUUUUACUACAAACAGCAGAAAGAAUAUUAUGUCCACGUGAAAUACGGAGCAGUUUUCCAGUGUGAAGAGGACUCAAAAACCUGCUUAAGUUUUAGAGAGAAAUAAGAGUGGUGAAUGGAUCACAGGGAUAGACCUAGAUUAGGUUGUGACCAAUGACAGGCUGUGUGUUGAGGAAGAUGGAAGGUAGCUUAGAGUCCUCUUUUUUUUAAAUAAUGUUGCCACGAAAGGGAAAAGGAGGUUUUUUUUUUUUUCUUUUAUGGAGAUGUGCAGUUUGGGUACAGACAAAACCAGAGGUGGUUAGUCAUGUUAGUCUGAAGUCGGGCGGAAGGAAGGGUGGGUAGGGUUCAGCAACCUCAGGGCAAGGCCCGGCUUGCCAAGAGAUUGGCUCUGGCUUAUGAAGGUCUGAUCUCUUCUGUGUUUUAUUAAUGGUGUUCUGAUGCCCUGCUGCUGUUCAGCUGCCAGAUCCAUUCUGCUGUUUUACCAGGAGCCAGCUUAUCUCCUCUUGCUAUCCCAGCCCUCCUUGCUUUGUGUAGAGGGUUGCUCUGUUGCCCUCUAAUAAUGUUUCCCCCAAAAUGUGCUGCUGAAUUAGCCCGUCCAAAUGCCAGCACGUCUUUUUUGGGGAGGCUUCGUUAUGAUGUGCUGAGAGAGCAGCUGUCAGUACAGAGCACGGAUGGCUAGAUUUACAGUAGGGGAUUGGCAGCCUGCUGCGAUGGCUGGGUUGCAAAUCCUGGCCUGUGCCCGAGGGUAUCUGAAACAUUACACAGACAUUUCAAAAGGCUACCUAUAGAUAUACAGGUGAGAUGAAAUGCUCCCAAGUGUGACAGAAUAAUACCAGGGAGCAGGUACUGAUUGUAUUGUUUUGUUCCACUGUCCAUCUGUGUGGGUUGUCAGUUCUCCAGCAUCCCAAAAUGCAUUGCGUUUCUCAUCCCCUGUCUGCCCCCAGCACACACCCCUGCUGCUGCUGCUAGUGGGGUCCUAGGCUCUGCUGUUCAACACUUUAGUCAGUGAUCCUGAAGUUGAUACAACUCUGCUGUUUCCAUUUGUGGAUGACCCAAAGAUUAGUGGAACAGUAAACGGUGAUGAAGAAAACAAUCAUGUAGAGUUGGACUGAUUGCUUGGUAAUCUGGGUCCAAGCCAAACAAACAAACAAAAAAAAAAGCGUUAUAAGAACUUGAGUUGAAAUGUAUUGCAUCUAGGACUAAGAAAUGCAGCCAUUGCCACAGAACAGGGGACUAGCCUUGAAGGUAACGACUGAAAAGGUUGAGUCAUUUUUAUGGACAAGUAAGUCAACCAAACAAAAAACUUUUGACAAGAGAACCAUACAAAUGAUUCAGAGACUGGAAAAGACUCCCUGUAGUGAGAGUGGAGCUCAGUCUGUUCAGCCCACCAAAAUAUUAGUGGAUGACUUGGUUACAGUGUAUAUGUAAUGGAGAGAGAGACUGGUUUCUUAUGACACAAGUGGAGAAAAGCAUAAGAAGAACCUAGGGUUGGAAGCUGAAGCCGGGCAGGAUCAAAUGGUCAGGCAAACUUCUGGCUUUCCAGAAAUGUAAGUACUAGAGCUGUGGAUUGAGAGCUAUCUAGCUCCCUGCUUGCAAUCCAGUGCUGGCACUGUGUCUUUCUCUAUUACGUUUAGUAAUGAGUUUAACUGGCUACCCAAUACUGUAUCCUCAUUUUUGUAUCCAACUAUAAAUAAAGUUUGCCUCCUUUCCAACUGCACCCCUUUUGUGUAGAUUUUGUUUUUGUAGUCUUAAGGACAUCAUCAGCAGUGGCCAAGACAGAGAAACCAAACCAUCAAACAGAACAAGGUGCAUAGUAGUGGAAGACGAGCACAUUUGUAGAGUUCAUCGAGAACUAAGGAUGUAUCCCAAUCAGAGUAAUGUAAAAGUAUCUGAACAGUCACACUAGUUAACAAAUAAACUCUUUGAAAUA